ACCUGCUUCAACAAGCAUUUCGUGUUGAAGAAGCAGAAAGACAAGCACCUGCACAAAUGUAGAUUUAGUUAUUUCGUGUGUGUUUUGUUGCCAUUUUUGCUUUUUGUAGUCUGUAUACUCGUUUGUGGACUUUUACCCUCAGAUCAUCACCAUGGCAAACUGCAGUCUGGCCCGUGUUGUGCUCAUGUUGGUUGGAUUUAUUGUCUUUUUACCAGCAAUCAUAAUCAACACUCUCUCCAGAUUUGGUUCCAAAUCAGGUUUCUUCAAGCAGAGCACAGAGGAUGUGAUUCUCAAGUACACAACACCCAUAACUCCUGCUCAUUGGACUUUUUUUGUGUGGGAUUUCAUGCAUCUCUGGCUUCUUGCCAUAUAUAUAUACUUUUUAGUUGGGCUCUGCAGAAGGAGAGCUUAUGGCUGGAUGUACACUACGCCUGCAGUGCUGCCCUAUGGAUUUCAUGUCUCUGUUAUUGUCAACUGUUUCUUGAAAACUACAUGGCUGUUUCUGUUUGACAGAGAGAUGUUACUGCCAGCGCUGAUAACUUCAGCACUAAUGAUGCUCACUGAUUACAUGAUCCUAUUUUUCUCCUGUCAAGGACUGAAGAUCUAUGGAGCCUGGUUGUACAAAUAUUACAACGUGGACCUCUGGGUCUUCAGAAUACUGGUGCAGAAUGGAGUGGCGGUACACGCAGCAUGGGGGACCCUCAGCACCUUGCUGAACCUGACGAUAUACUUACAGCACCAGACAGAAACACCCAGAUGUGACUGUGCAAUGCUGGCGCUGCUGCUGCUUCUGAUGGAGCUGUUAGCCUGGUUUCUGUUAGAGAACUUCUACUUUGAUGAGCAUGUGCGUUACAUCGUGACCAUCUACCCUGUGGUAAUCAUUUGGCAAACAGGCAUCCUGAACAACUCUGCCUCUCCCAACAGUGACAUGUUUAUCUUUGCAGCUUUGAUCCUGGCUAUUUCCUGCAUUGUGUUUGUGGCACACAUUGCUCUGGUCACAUGGAAGCAUCACAAAAGGCCGCUUUACAAAGACAGUGGACUCAGUAUGUCUCCAGUAGAAAUAGCCUUGACACAAAGGAAACUCUUUCUAUGAAUAUUAGCUUAGAGGGCUGAUGUCUUGGUGUUUGUACAGCAGUGGUCAAUGGUUUUACUUGUCAGGACUUUUUUUCAACAGGAUUUUUCAGAACAGCAAUGUCAGUUAAUUUAAAAAAUGCAGUAUCACAAUUGUGCUACUCUUGUAUAAAAACUAAAUGUACGUUUUUUUUUUAAUAAUAAAGAAAAAGAUAGUGAAUGA